CAGGCACGAACAACACACAGCGCUGAUCAGGCACGAACAACACACAGCGCUGAUCAAGCACGAACAACACACGACGCUGUAACGCCAUCUUUCGACGGUGACAAAUCAGCCGAGAGUUUGGCAUUCUAUUUCUAUGGCUUGUCACUGACCUACCUCGGCUUCCACAGCCGCGACGGAAGCGGCACUGGCGACAACUCUAACGUUCGCGACGCGCGCUACUACCUUUUCUGUGCUGCUCAUUUCUGCCGCCACAGACCCAGCUUGUUCUUUUAUAUCGUAGACCAAUUCUAUUCCCAGCUUCUCGACGCAAGAUUUCAACCGUUUCAAUAUUCAUCUUACUAUGACGAAAUCGAUCCCACGAUCAACCACAUCAUGAAACUGGUUCAACUUCUACCCAUUUUGUGGGAACUCGCUAUCUUCUACCAGGUUCCGGGGGGACCCUGCCAUUACUCGGGAGUUGUGAUGGAUGCCAUUGAAUUGCCGAUUUAUCAACGAGAUCUCAACGCCACUCAAUCCAAGCAUACGGAUAGUAAAUACUUGUGUAAAUCUCGGGACUUACCUGCUGCUGUACACAAACUGAAAAUACCCGUUUACUUGCCACCAUUUGUGUCUUCUAUUAAAAUCAGCACUCAGCCACAUCAAGUAGGCGCAUUUCAACAUCCUCAUUCUUCUCAAGUAAAUAACCCAAACGAAUUUCACGAAUCGAGAGCUGCUGCUGUCCUGCAACUGUUUCACUGCAUGGAAGAAUCGAUAAGUUUCGAUUUCAUUUAUGAGGAAGAAGAAUUCAAGGCUCAUAUUGUCGAAGAUUAUUGCACAAUGGCUUCAAUUUUCUCUGAUAUCAUUGAACCGAUGAAGAACUGGGAGAAUGCCCAGGAAGUUUGUGAUGCUCGUAUCUUGACUGAAACGACUGCAAUUUGCGUAGGAGAAUCACUGAUACGAAUUUUGGAUGGAUGGCUUUUCAAGCCGCCGAAUACAGAGACUCGUUUGCUUAGAGAUACGCUCAUCAGGAGUUUAUCAGCUGUCGUGUCUGUAAUUGCCGCUUUUUAUGGGGCUAUGUAUGGUUGGGGCUUGACGAAACCUGGUGAUGCGACGCACGACUGUUGGGCUCAACGCAUCUCGUCAAGAAUCUCACUGAAGUUGAACGACCAACUAUGUCUCGGAGCCCGGGAACAUGAGGACUCUGAAACACGUGUUCAGAAGUUCUUUGAAAAUAUCGAAUUGAAAGUUCCUAAUUUCGAACCAAAUCUCGACUUGACACAGGACAUUUUAAUUUCCAUGAUGGACUCUAAAAUAUCGGCUCCAAUUGACCACGACGAGCUCGAAUUGACGAGGGGCAUGGAGCUCAUUGAAAACCUGACUUUGAAUUUUGCUUGGUGUAUACUGAAUAAGUUGAAUACGAGACAAGGAUCAGUCUCGCCAGCAAAAAUCCUAAAAGAUAUCUGUGGGGCCUUCGUUGAACGGAUUUCUCAACUUAACGCUCAUACUGUGAGUACGGCAAGCUUCGUCGGUCGGUUGACCAUAGAGGAAGACCAGUACACGGAAUAUCAUGAAGAGGUUCUUUAUAAUUUUGAUGAGCAAAUAGUUGUGAAAGAAAAUUUCAACUUUAACGAAAUAUCGAAAAAUAAGCCUAGACUCUUCACUAACGUCGAACCCUACGUCGUAGAAGACGAGCAAGCUUUUAAACGAGAAUUGCAAUUCAAUCAUCCUUACCUCAAAUAUUUCUUGGAUCACUCAUUGAAUGAAUUCCCAUCAGAAGACUCGCAUCAAUUCGAUGUAAAAAAGAAAUUUCAAAAAAUUAAAACCGUUCUUGAGAAACUUUUAGAUGCUCUUAUCGCCAUUCUAAAACUCGACGCCCAACUCAAAACUCGAAGGUACGUCUUCGAUGCUUCUGUAUUUGGACGUUGGGCUGGUUUGGACGUUGGGCUGGUUUGGACGUUGGGCUGGUUUGGACGUUGGGCUGGUUUGGACGUUGGGCUGGUUUGGACGUUAUCAGGCGGUGUCAGUGAACCGAGGGUCAGGCGGUGUCAGUGA